AUGUUCGAGCUGUUGCAGUUUCUUCGUUUGGCCCGGUGGCUUCCUCCGCUGUUGAAACGAUACUUCCUCCAUCCCUCACCCCCUCCGGCGGGCAGGGUCGGUCCCGACGCCAUCGGCUGGUGCAUCGACGUUCUCGACGUCCCUGGGGAGCUCGCGCAGUACCAGUUCUCCGCCCCGCCCCUCGACGACCCUGCUGUCGAGUGGACCGCCUUGACUGCCGACGCGAACAUGUGGCAUCGAGUGACCGUCGUUGGCCGUCCUUCCGGCGUCGGCGACGGUGGCGAUAGCAGUAGCAGCACCGGCGCCGACGUCGUCGGCGAUGAGGAGCGGCGAGAGGGCAAGUACCGGGAGGAGGCGACGCGGCCGGGCAGCAGCGGCAGCGGGGGCGACUCGGCGGGGGCGGCGGGGGCGGAGACAAGCCAGCAGCCGCGCAGCCCGUCAUCCUUGUUUCUGGUGGAGUUUGAAAGCGGUAGGACGGCGACCCUGGACCUCUCCCGGCUCGACAUCAAGUGGGUGCAAUUCUGCGGUGCCGACAGUAGUGGCGUGCGGCAGGGCUCCCGCGGUGCUCAAGAGCAGCAGCAGCAGCAGCAGCAGUCGAGGGCACCCCCGGGCUUCGGGGAGUGGGACGACGGCGACGGGCUUUCCUACGACGACAAUGACGUUGGCACGCGAGUAGAUGUUUGGUGGCCCCGGUACAACUCGUACUUUCGAGCAACGAUCGAGCGGUACGACCCUAACGUUGGCACGCACACCCUGUUCUACGAGGACGGCGAGAUUCGCGAUUCAGACAUGUCCAAGCGCGGCUUUCGCGUCUGCUACCGGCCGCCGGGGUGGACGCCCCCGCCCCGACGAGACUCCUCCCCGGCGACAGGCGGCGCUGAUACCCCUAGCAAUGCGGAGUCGGCGGCGGCGGCGGCGGCGGCGGCACCCCCCGGACAGCUACAGCAGCAGCAACAAGACGCCGCGUGGGGCCGGAGACGGCCCUCUCCGCUAGCGCCUCGGCCCCCCGCCGACUACGCCCCGGACGCGUCGAUGUACGUGCUCGCCGCGGUAAACAGGUUCGGGGAGGCCGGUGGCAUGGCGACGCUGGCGCAGCGGCUGAGCGGCGGCCGGCCGUCCUUCGGCGAGGUGCUGGAGACGUUCCGAAUCGGCAAGGCGCUGAGGGCGCACGCCUCCUCCAGGGCGGUGAAGGAGACCAACUGGACCCUCAAGGAGUGCGCCGCGGCGGCGCUGCUGUCGGUCCCCCCGGAGUCGAUGCGGGCGGCCACCAAGAUCGAAAUCGCUGAGAGCGUGUCCAGCGUGAGGGACCUGGCGCUAACCCUCAGCGGCGGUGGCAGUGCCACGGCGCAUGCGCCCCUGGUCCUGCUGCAGGAACUGGAGCAGCUGGAGCUGGCGAUGGCCAUGAAGGUGGGGAUGGGGGUAGGGGGUGGGGAGGUGGGGGCCAACGAGGUGUUCCGAUGCCCGUCCCUGGAGAGACGCCUGGCCGGACUGAUGCAUAUAUGCGGCCUUGUCACCCUUGCCGAGCGGGGACCGGGGGCGGUAACGACGAACGGGUCGCUCCCUCCCGCGGGCGAGAGCCGGACCGCGGCCUGGGCUACCCCGAGGGUGAUGGAGGACUGGCUUGUGGAGGUCGGGUUCCUGGAGGAGCUGUUCGGCUCCAGCAUGCACGUGGAGCUUGCCGUCGUUCGAGUGAUGUCUCCGGUGGUCCUCAACUUGGUCCCGUUCCUGUCGCCGCACAAACGUCUCCAUCUCUUCUCGUGCGUGGCCCGGACCCCGUUCUCCAAGUACACGGAGCAGACGCUGCACUUGGUGGGAGGGAGUGUUUACACGGCGAGGAAGGCGGUGCUGCACUGCCGCGAGCGAGAGUGGGAGGGCUACGGGUACGGGUUGCUCUGGCUCUUCGUGCAGGACGCGCCGGACCAGGGCACGGGCAACAAGAGGCACGGUGGUGGCAGUGGUGGUGAAAAGGGCGCGGUUUCCGCGGCGUUGGUCUCGUUGGCGGCUGGUUAUCUGGUGUCCCUGCUGAAGGAGCCCGAGGUGUCUCAAGAGCUGUGGCCCUUAAUGACGCGGUGCAUGGAGAACGUGGUCGCGAGGCGGAGCGUGCCGGCGAGCCUGGAGGUCCUGCGGCGCGCGAUCGCCACGCUCCCCGCCCACGAGGCGAAGAGCUGGUUCGGGGGGUCCCGCUCGAAGGAGAACAGGUAG